AGUUAGAAGUUGGUUGUUGGACUCUGACUUUUUCAAGUUUAAUUAUGGAAAAGCAAAACAAAGUGCUAGGAACACAGCUUUCAUGUUUCCUUCAUCUCCCCGUAGUCCAACACAAUGAAGUUUUCUUUCUCUCUCAUAAUCUGCUACGUUUUCGCUUCUUUAGCCUCCCAAAUCCGCUCUGCAACAGCGGCAGAUACCUUAGCAGCGAACAACACCCUGAAAGAUGGCCAGACCUUGGUCUCCUCUGGGCAAAGGUUUGAAUUUGGGUUCUUUUCUCUUGGCAGCUCUAGUCACAGAUACCUGGGAAUAUGGUACAAGAACAUUAAUCCUCUCACUGUGGUGUGGGUUGCCAACAGGGACGACCCCAUAACUAGCUCCUCAGGAUCACUGGUGUUUAACCCUCAGGGUUCACUUUCUCUUUCCAACGGUACAGUUUUUAUCUGGUUUGUUAAUGUCACCAGGGCCUUGAGCAAUCCUGUCUUACAGCUUUUAGACAAUGGCAACCUUGUGCUAACUGGCGAUGGUGGGGAUUAUUUAUGGCAAAGUUUUGAUUAUAUAACUGAUACGUUGUUGCCUGGCAUGAAACUUGGUUGGAACCUUAAGACAGGUUUGAAACGAAAUAUGACAUCAUGGCUUUCCCCUGAUGACCCAGCAACGGGGGAUUUCACAUUCAGCCUGGACCCACCUGAGGCACCAGAAUUGGUUCUCAGGAAGGGGGACCAGAAAGAGUACCGAUGGGGACCAUGGGAUCGGGUCAGGUUCAGUGGCAGCAAUGAGCUCAGGCCUAAUCCUGUUUACACUCCGGAGUUCAAUUCAAGCCGUGAAGAGAUAUACUACACGUUUAAAGUUGAUGACAGUUCAAUUCUGUCAAGGUUUGUAGUGACAUCGCAAGGGUUGCUUCAGUAUCUCACAUGGACGAACCAUAGCAAUGAGUGGGCACUUAUGGUGACCUUGCAAAGAGACAGUUGCGACAGGUACGAGUCAUGUGGGCCUUAUGGAAACUGCUAUGCUGAUGAUCCUAAUUGUAGGUGUUUGAGGGGUUUUACACCCAAGUCUCCAGAAAAUUGGAGACUGAUCGAUUGGUCAGAUGGAUGUGUGAGGAAAAGGGGUUUGGAUUGUCAGAACGGAGAUGGCUUUGUCAUGUACGACAGAAUGAAAUUACCUGAUAAUUCUCACUUAGUGACAAAUAGAAAUUUUAGUUUGAGCUCUGAGGAAUGCAAGGCAGAGUGUUUAAAGAAUUGUUCUUGUAUGGCUUACACCAGGAUAGAUAUUCAUGGAAAUGGGGGAGAUUGUGUUAUGUGGUUUGGUGAUUUGGUUGACAUGAAACACUUUCCGAAUGGUGGGAGCAACCUCUACAUUCGAAUGGCACAAGCAGAAUUAGAGUCAAUUGCUGAGGCUAAGAGGAAGAAACGAGUGAAGGUAGCUGCUUUAAUCACCAUGUCAAUAGUUUUAGGCAUGCUUCUGGGGUUCCUUGUGUGGCGCAUUUACCUAUCAAGAAAGGCAAAGAUCAGAAGAGCAGCAGGAAGUGAAAACAAUUCAUACAGAGAUACCAAUGAUGAAACUCAGGAGGAAGACCUAGAACUACCUCUUUUUGGGCUAGAUGUUGUUUCAGCAGCCACUAAUAAAUUCUCAUUUGAGAAAAAGAUUGGAGAGGGUGGAUUUGGUCCGGUGUACAAGGGCGUCUUACCCACUGGACAAGAAGUUGCAGUGAAGAGACUUUCUCAGAACUCUGGACAAGGCCUUCGAGAAUUUAAGAAUGAAGUGAUUCUGAUUUCUAAACUUCAACAUCGUAAUCUUGUUAAGCUUCUGGGGUGCUGCAUCCAGGGAGAAGAAAGGAUGCUAAUCUAUGAGUAUCAGCCCAACAAAAGCCUGGACCAGUUCCUAUUUGAUAAAACAAGAAGAAAAUUUUUGAUAUGGAAGAAGCGCUUCGACAUUGUUAUUGGGAUUGCACGUGGACUUUUGUACCUGCAUCAAGACUCCAGGCUGAGAAUUAUACAUAGAGAUCUUAAAGCAAGUAAUAUUUUACUGGAUGGCGAGAUGAAUCCUAAAAUUUCAGAUUUUGGCAUAGCAAGGAUUUUUGGAGAACAAACACAAGAAAUGACCAAAAGAGUAAUUGGAACAUAUGGUUAUAUGUCUCCAGAGUAUGCAAUGGGUGGGCAUUUUUCAGUGAAAUCAGAUGUGUUUAGUUAUGGUGUUUUGGUUUUAGAGAUAGUAAGCGGCAAAAAGAAUUGGGGAUUUUAUCACCCUGACCAUGAUCUAAACCUGCUUGGACAUACAUGGAAACUAUGGAACGAAGGGAAUCCACUUGAUCUAAUGGAUGAAUUGAUGGAGGGAACAAUUUCUGAGAAUGAAGUGGUAAGAUGCAUCCAGGUGGGUCUUCUGUGUGUACAGCAGCGGAUGGAAGAUAGGCCAACAAUGUCAUCAGUGUUGUUGAUGUUGAGCAAUGAAAGCAUAAUGGUACCCCAGCCAAAAGAACCUGGCUUCUGUACAGAAAUUUCUUCAGGCGGAGAUACUUCGUCGAGUGUAAAUAAUCUACAUACAGCCAAUGAUCUGACUGUCACAGACAUAGGUGGACGAUAGGCCUAGUUCAGUAAUUAUACAAAUUCAGUUUACUUUCACAUAGCAAAGAGCAGAGUUAAAUUCGAAGGGGCCUUGUUUUUCAAGAUUCAAUCAUGAAACAAAAUAGCACACAACCAGCACAAGGUUGCCAGGUAGAGUCUAGCAUACAUUUGCUAAGUUGUGACCCUGUGAGGCACCGUAAGUCUUGCGUUACCACGUUUAUCUGAUAUCGUGCAAGCUAGGCUGCCUCUGAACUCCUGAUUAUGCAAAAGAUGGACUCGUCUCAACAGAAAUAUGAUGUCUUUAGAUUUGCCGUGCUUGCACUGGAGUUAAUUAUCAGGAAGAAGAAUAAAGCGUUCUUAUGAUCCAGACGAUGAUCUUAAUCUCUAAGGGCAUGCUAGUUUACAACAAAUGCUUCCUGUUGAGUUUCCUCCAUUUUUUUGUGUAAGAUGUGGAAAUUGUGGAUUGAAGCUAGGGGCUUGGAGCAAACAGAUAUUUUGAUCGAGAACUCAACUACCCUCUCAGAGGGGUUAGGAUGCAUCCAAGUUGGCCUAGUGUGUACAAGCACGUCUUGAAGACAGGCCUGCAAUUUUAUCUGCUUUGCCAAAGCUGGACAGUGAAAAUCUCAUGGUGCUUCAACCAAGACAACCUGGCUAUUACAGAGGUAGGUUUCAUCCACUGGGAAAAAAGUUUUAUCAUUUUCUUUUAAUUACUUCUGGUUUUAAGAGGGAGUUACAUAUCCACUAAACAGUGCUGCUCCAAAUAUUUCAACUGAUUAACAAUUCCUUUCACUCCUUAAUUGCAAUUUGCAAUAAAAAUUCGUAU